AAAAAAAGAGAGAGAGAGAGGAUGAAAAAAAAAGGGUGAUAAGGGAUCACAAGGAGGGGAUCAGAUAAAAGAGAAGCUGAGAGAAAGGCUCCAGGGAUAAAGGGAGAUGGGAAGGUUAAAAAGGCCAGAGGUCAGUAAAAUUUCCUUGUUAACAUGCCAUGUAUAUCUAAGCUCAACCCUUUAGGUAUGUGCGGGAGUAGGUGGGGCAGCAAUAACUGGACAUUCUCAGAGUGUUUAGGAAUUGGUCAUGCUGGCCCUGACCCUCCUGCCUGAAAGCCAUUGAAUGCUGUUUCCAUGCACAGAGAUCCUUUGGCAGGAAGAUUGGAGGCAGGUGAGAAAGGAAUGAAUGGGGGCUAGUGUGAAGAAUUCUGACUUGGGAGUCAGGAGCCCUGAAUUCAAAUCCCAAUGCUGUGUCUGACUUGCCCCAUGACCUCCAGGGAGCAGUUGAAUGCCUUCCUCCCUUGGGAGGGAAUCUGCUGCUUGUGAGCUGUGUGACCUUGUACAGGUUCCUUAACCUCUCUGUUCCUCAGCUUUCUCGUGGGUAAGAUGGAAACGAGAUGUAGAUCUGCAUCACAGAGCAGUUCUGAGGUUUAAAUGAAAUGAUUGUGGAAACUGCCUGGCACAGAGUCAGCACUCUGAACGAGUUAGCUGUGGUUGUGAAGUCUCACUUUUUUCAUCUGGAGAUGGAGGAGAUUGGACUCCCCAGUGUUUAAGACUCCCUUUGACAAAAUGCGAUGGGUGUUUGUCUGAGAAAGGGAGGAAAAGGGAGAUUGGAAUUCAAGGGUGGGAGAGAGAAAUUGAGAGCGGGGUGGGGAGCUAAGAACUAUGGAACAGGAGUCAGGAGAUGGGAAAAGGAAUGGGAGGGAUGGAGGAGGAGAGAGAGAACAGAAAGAGAACCACGAGAGAGUGGGGAGGAGCUUGGGAGAGCAAGGAGACCCUUUGGAGAAUGGGUGACCCUCUCUCCAAAUUCCCUCUCAUCUGCAUUCCUUUCCAGGAAAGACCACUGGGACAAGAUGAGAUUGAAGAGCUGCGGGAAGCAUUUCUUGAGUUCGAUAAGGACCGAGAUGGGUUCAUCUCUUGUAAGGAUCUGGGGAAUCUCAUGAGGACAAUGGGUUACAUGCCCACGGAGAUGGAACUGAUUGAGCUGGGCCAGCAAAUCCGCAUGAACUUGGGUGGCCGUGUAGACUUUGAUGACUUUGUGGAGCUGAUGACCCCCAAAUUGCUUGCAGAAACGGCUGGGAUGAUCGGUGUCCAGGAGAUGCGGGAUGCCUUCAAGGAGUUUGACACGAAUGGAGAUGGGGAGAUCACCCUGGCGGAGCUACAGCAGGCUAUGCAGAGACUCCUGGGGGAGCGGCUCAGCCCCCGGGAGAUCUCUGAGGUUGUCCGGGAGGCUGAUGUUAAUGGAGACGGCACCGUUGACUUUGAAGAGUUUGUGAAGAUGAUGUCUCGCUGAGGAGGUCCUGGAAGCCCCAGACCCUCUCCACCUAGUCAACAUGGAGCAAGCGCUUGUGGAGAACCAAAGCCCCAAAGCCCCAGAUCCCCUUAAAGCAGAGAGGGAGGGCAGGCGGGAGGGAGGGGAUUGGCAUGCAGCGCUACGCAUGGGGUGAGACCCAGAGCGGUAGCUUUGCCAGGAUGGGGGCGUCCGCAGAACUAGAUUAAGAAGAAAGAGUCUAUUGAUGGAAAUAGGAAGGGUGGGAGGGUCCAGUUGCCACCCCCAAAACUUCCAAUGAUUCUUGACGUCUUUUCGCUUCAUGUAGUCCUAAGUCCCUGUGACCUGCCUGAGUCUCUUCCCCAGCUUCCCCUUGGGUGAAAAUAGUCUCUUCUUCUGUUGGGUAUCAAAAGGUUCAGCAAGUAGUCUCUACUCUUCCCCUGCCUGCAUUAACUGUUGCAAAUCCCCUGUUUCUCUCUCCCGGUAAGAGAGAGGCAAAUUAUACUUUAUUCAGGUGAUGGUUACACGAACAGCCCAGACUUCACCACUACGCAAUAUAUCCAUGUAACAAAACCGCACUUGUACUCCCUAAAUCUAUAGAAAUACAAAAUGAAAUAAAAAGGAUGCAAAUCAAUCACAGAGCUGGAAACAGAGUUGUUGUUGAGGCUGGGCUUGGGAAUGGCUUGUGCAAGUGGCAUUCAAAGUCAACUCCUUCCUUUUCCUGAUUUCCUGGAAGCACUGUCUGGUUUCUCUCUCCCUCUCUCCUCCCACAUCCCUUUCUUUGUGUAAGAUACUCAGGGGACUGAAUUAAACCACAAAUCUGGAUUAUCAAGGUUUAGAGCAAGCUGAUCCCCGGGGAAUUAAUCCCCCGAAAAAAUGUCAUCAUGCAAAGAGAGAGAUGACAGGAUCCCCCAAAUCCCCAGUUCAGCCAGGUUGUUGCAAAGUCUUUCCUAGAAGCCUCCUACCUCCGCGCUGGUCUGUCCUGGGCCACCCAGAGGCUGUGUCUCUGUUAGAUGGGAAGUCUGUUCCGUCCCUCACGUCCUGAUAUCAAUCUGCGCCAUGAAACAGAAAAGAGAGAUUCCUCCUGACCUCUGCCCAAAGCAAGACACUCCAGCAAUGCAAAGGUUAAAAUAAAGUCAAAAUAAAGAAUUAACUUCA